AUGCCCGAUCGAAUAUCUACCGCAAAUGCUGCAACAGGAUCUGUGGCGCAAAGCAUUCUGCUCUGGCUCGGGGUGGUGGCGCUGGUAUAUCUGCUGUUGGUGGGUGUCAGCGUAGUAGGUGCAGGAUUCAAAUGGAUAUCCGGAGGUGCAGACGGCGCCGCCGCGAUCUUCGCGUUUGCAAGCAAUCCUAUUGCCGGUGUCAUUCUGGGCACGCUGGCAACAGCCCUGGUGCAGUCUUCCAGUACCGUCACGUCAGUUAUUGUGGGUCUUGUUGCUGGUGGUGUGCCGGUGUCUCUGGCUGUGCCCAUGAUCAUGGGGGCGAAUAUGGGUACCACCAUAACCAAUACCAUCGUCAGCCUGGGUAACCUGCGUGACAGCGCCGCGUUUAAAAAAUCGUUUCAGGCAGCCACGGUGCACGAUUUUUUCAACCUUUUCAGUAUUGUGAUUUUCCUGCCCAUCGAGAUGAUGUUUCAUCCGCUGGAAAAGAUGGCUGGGGUUGCUGCGGGAUGGUUUGCCGGUGGCCAGAGCGCAUCGAUGUCGGAUGCCAAUUUCAUCGGUGCCUUGACCAAACCUGUUGCUAAUUAUGUGGUGGAUCUGGCAGGUGAUCUGCCGGACAGCAUCGGCGCCAGCCUGGCCAUCGGGGUUGGUGUGUUGAUGAUCAUGUUAUCAGUUGUGUACCUCGGCAAACUGCUGCGGCGUGCGAUGACCGGGAAGGCAAAAGGGGUCAUGGAAAAAGCUAUUGGCCGACGGCCUGAAACGGGUGUCAUGUCAGGCGCGCUGGUGACGGUUCUGGUGCAGUCUUCGUCUACCACCACAAGUCUUGUUGUACCGCUUGCUGGUGCGGGUGUGCUGACCCUGAAACAAGUCUUCCCGUUCACAAUGGGCGCUAACAUAGGUACGUGUAUUACGGCCUUGCUGGCUGCGACCGCAGUCACCGGCGCUUAUCAAGUGUUUGCUCUGCAGAUAGCACUGGUGCACCUGCUUUACAAUCUGUUAGGUGUAUUGGCUUUUCUGUAUAUCCCCUGGCUGAAAGCGCUGCCAAUGCGGGCGGCUUCACUGCUUGGACAGAAAUCUGCGGAGCACCGCAGCUGGGCGUUUGGCUAUAUCUUUGCAGUAUUUUUUGUUCUGCCCGGUUCGGUAUUCGGCGCGCAACUGCUCAGCGGCUCCGGUGACGCUGAGAUCAUUGACGCCCUCGAAAGUGAAGCUGCUCAGCAGUGUCAGGCUGAGAUGGAAGGUCCGUUGACGGACAUCACGAUCAUCGAUUGCACUAUGGCAUUGGCCGGGCCUUUUGGCACCGCGCUGCUUGCCGACCUGGGUGCCAACGUCAUAAAAGUUGAACCCCCGACGGGUGACAUGGCCCGGUCGGUUCCCCCCCUGCCUGAAGGUUACACAAACGCCGGCAGUGCUGAUCAAAAUACACAAAGCGGUGCUGCCGAUUACGGCGGAUACUUUGCCAGCAUCAAUCGCAAUAAACGCAGCAUUGUUCUCGACCUGAAAAAUAAAGACGAUGCUGAAGUGUUCAUGCAGCUGUGUGAGCAGGCGGAUGCUGUGGUGGAAAACAUGCGCGUAGGCGUUAUGGAUAAACUGGGUCUGGGAUACGAGGCAAUAGCCGAGCGAAACCCCAAAAUUGUCUAUGGCGCCAUUCGUGGCUUUGGCGAUCCCCGUACCGGUGAAAGUCCUUACGCCAACUGGCCUGCUUAUGACAUAGUGGCCCAGAGUAUGAGCGGCCUUGCUCAAAUUACCGGGCCAGCAGAUGGCGGCGGUUAUCCAAGUGGGGUGAGUGUCGGUGAUAUAUAUCCUGGCACUCUGCUGGCGUUAGGUGUUGUGUCUGCCAUCCAUCACGCACGGGUAUCAGGAAAAGGACAAUUCCUGGAUGUUGGGAUGUACGAUGCCAUGCUCGCCUUCAACGAAACCACAAUUGCCAAUUAUGGCUAUGCCGGAAUCGAACUCGGAGAAGCAAUGAGCGAUUUUGAAAAUAAGGUAGUCAUCAUAACCGGUGCUGGCGGCGGUCUGGGUAAAGCGCAUGCGCUGGAAUUUGCCCGGCGCGGUGCGAAAGUAGUGGUCAAUGAUCUCGGCGGCAGCGGUGACGGUACCGGUGCCAGCGAUAUGGCGGAUGAAGUUGUUGCUGAAAUAAAAGCUGCGGGUGGUGUGGCCAUUGCCAACAAAGCUUCAGUGUCCAGUCGCGAAGGUGCGCAGUCGAUUGUAGACGACGCAGUUGCAGAAUUCGGAACCGUGGAUAUUCUUGUUAACAACGCCGGCAUUCUUCGCGACAAGAGUUUUAAAAAGCUUGCUCUGGAUGACUGGGACAUUGUCAUGGACGUGCAUCUGAACGGCUCGGCUUAUGUCACCCACGCCGCCUGGCCCAUCAUGUACGAAAAAAAUUACGGUCGGAUUGUGUUUACCAGCUCUACCUCGGGCAUCUUUGGUAAUUUUGGUCAGGGCAAUUACGGCGCGGCCAAAAUGGGUAUGUUAGGGCUUAUGAACGUGCUGGAAAAAGAAGGGCGGGCCAAGAACAUUCGCGUUAACUGUCUGGCGCCUGCCGCUUCAACCCGAUUGAUUAACACUAUUCCGGGGCGCGAUGAAGACCUGGACAAUCCCGAUCCCAUGCGUCAUCCGAAGUUAGUCACACCGGCGGUAUUGUUGAUGUGCGCGGACGAUGCGCCAACAGGUAAGGUUAUUCUUGCAGGUAACGGUCGUUUUUCCACCGCUGCAGUGUUCAAUAAUGAAGACCUGGAGUUUGAUGCAGAUGUCACCUAUGAGGAUCUGCUGAGUAAAAAGGAUCAGCUUCUCGAUAUGAGCCAGGCAACUGAAGGCGACGGCUUUUUUGAGCAGGUCGACCCGGUUUUCAGUGAGAAAGGUAUAGCCUUUUGCCGGGGUACCAAGCGCGAUGUUCUUGGCGUGAGCCUGUGGAUCCACCUCUGCAGCCACAAUGCUGGCGAUGGGGGUUUUCUCGGCGAGUUCGCGGGUCUUUUCUGCCGUGCCGCAGCCAAGUUCCAGAACAUGGGCGUUUUUCAAUGGCAGGAGUUUAGCCAGGACUUCAAUUUCAUCAGCAAUAUCCUGCUCUGCGGGUCCAAUCAGUUGUGCAUGCAAACGUUUACGCUCAACGCCAGCGAUGGCGCAGAAGUGGCCUGUUAUUUCUGGGCCUGUGAAACACCCAAGGCGGUCGUGCAGAUAGCGCAUGGCAUGGGCGAGCACGCGCAACGCUACGGCGCGGUGGCGGAGCACCUGAACCAGGCGGGUUAUGCAGUGUAUGCCAAUGAUCAUCGUGGUCAUGGGGUGACGGGGCAGGCUAACCUCGGAUACAUGGGUGGCGACGGCUGGAACCGUGUACUGGCUGAUGCCUACGAGUUAAAUGCUGAGAUUGCGCGCCAACAUCAGGGUCUGCCUCGCAUUCUGUUGGGCCACAGUAUGGGGUCCAUGAUGUCUCAGCAGUAUAUUACACGUUAUGGCUACAGCAUCGACCUGCUGGUGCUUUCCGGUUCGCCAGGUUUCAAAGCCAAGUCUGCCGGUUUGCUGUCGCGCAGCAUUGCAAAGUUUGAAAAAUGGCGCCUGGGUGCCGGACAGUCCAGCGAUGUCUUACAGCGACUGUUGUUUGGUGAUGCCAACAAACCUUUUGCUGGUGAAGGGGCAACGGGUUUUGAGUGGCUGUCUCGGGAUGCACAACAGGUGCAGUUGUAUCUUGAUGACGACGCCUGUGGUUUUGUACUUUCCACGGGUUCUCUUGUGGAUCUGUUUGCAGGUUCCAGCACGGCAACCCAACCUGAAGUCCUGGCAAAAAUCCCGCGUGACCUGCCUAUCUAUGUUUUUUCCGGCACCGAAGACCCGGUUCACAGUGAGCAGAAAGAUAUCCAGCGCAUGUUGCAGGCAUUUAACGACCAGGGUCUGUCCCGGGUUGAGGUUAAAUGGUACCAGGGUGGUCGGCACGAGAUGUUUAACGAAACUAAUCGUGAUGAGGUACUGGCUGACCUGGUGAACUGGUUGGACACAAAUAUCCAAUAA